ACAUGGUGGUGGAAUGAACGCGGCAAGUGCAAAGAGAUGUUGAAUACAGCGCUGGUCUCGCUAGAGGUCCCAGAGGACACACGGUUUUCCCACGGAUGUGCACGUUUGCAGCGACGCGUUAAGAAGAAACUACCCGAAUCGGCUGCCUCUCGUUGGUCGCAAAGCGAGCCUUCUGGUUACUCUUUGCCAGGUCAACACGUUUACAGGUCUCCUCGACGUGCACCUCAGAGCGCGUACUGCAGUGCGUUGCAGGUUGCAGCCAGUCGUCAAAGCGGACAUUGCAAUCCCUGACAGGGUUUCUUGCACGUGGCACCUCUCUUCCCUGGUCUCGACGACGCGUAAAGUCUGCGUUUUAUGACUGUUUGACGAGUCUGCGACUAUAUACCAUCGCCAUGAACACCAUAGAUGCGCGAAGUUGGCUACCCUCCUUUGCCAUUCCCUUCUUUACACUCUCAUACCCGGUUGACAGUCCGGCUGCGCCGGAUUCUUUCCACAAUUCACAGUUCUAUGGCACCGGCCUUCUUGACGGAUGCUUCAUCAUUACUUGCAUUGCCGUAAUGGCUAUUCUGCGUGAUGCUAUUCGGCUAGGCAUCUUGGAACCAUUCGCGAGGUGGAAGCUCACCAGAGACCACCGGCUAAGAUCUGUCAAAUCCAAUGGCCACGCGAAUGGCAAUGGGAAGACCAAUGGAGAUGUAUACCAAAAAACCAAUGGGGUUGCGAAUGGCAAUGGUCACGCUGUCGAUGACUGCGCGGUGACAAUUUCGAAGGCGGAGGCCAGGCGAAUGAGGAGAAGUGUGCUUCGUUUCGCGGAACAGGGCUAUGCCUUCGCCUACUACACAUUUCAAUGGGCAUUUGGCUUGUAUGUUCACCAUCAACUCCCGACGUCCCUCCUGAACCCCGUAGAGAUUUGGCAUGGUUACCCUCACAUACCCCUUGCCGGACCCCUCAAAUUCUAUUAUCUGACCGAAACUGCCUUCUAUCUCCAUCAAGUACUAAUCCUCAAUGCAGAGGCUCGCCGCAAGGACCAUUGGCAGAUGAUGACACACCAUAUCAUCACCGUCCUUCUCAUGUUUGCAAGUUAUGCCUACAACUAUACCCGAAUUGGCUGUCUGGUUAUGUUCUUGAUGGACUUUUCCGACGUCUUCCUACCGCUGGCGAAAAUGCUCCGCUAUCUCUCGUUCUCCACUCUUUGUGACUUAACGUCCGUUUGCUUUGUGGUGUCAUGGAUUGUCACCCGACAUGCGUUAUUCUUAUUGGUCAUAAAAUCGACAUACUGGGAUGCGCUUCGCAUAGUCCCACCGUUGUGGGAUGCUGAGCGAGGUUUCUAUAUAACGAAAAGCGUGAUUAUGAGCUUCAACGUCAUGCUAACAGCACUCCAGAUACUUCAGUUGAUGUGGUUUUAUUUGAUUUGUCGAGUAGCAUGGCGGGUUAUCAAGGGCGAAGGUGCUCAGGACGAGCGCAGUGACAGCGAAGCCGAGUUUGAUGACAUUGAUUUGGAAGAUGAGAGCAAAAAGGAGCGGUGAAGGGGAGGGUAUCUAGAUAUCUGGGCAUACUGCGGAGAGGAGCCGGGUAGCGGUUGGACUUGACUCUUGGAUUGUUGUAGACUAACCUCCUCCUGCAGCAGAGGCUGCUAAUGCUUUAUCUAUACCUCUGUUCCUGCAAUUUAUUCAAGAUUGGGAGUUACGUUAGAAUACUGAGUUCACAGUGACAGAC